GGGUGGCGGUGGACGAUGCUCUUCCUUGUGGACGUGCGUGAAUGGAGGGAUGCAAUGGGGGUGGCCGUGCUGUGCUGUCGCGGACGGAGAGGACAGCUGUCGCGGCGGUUGCUGUUGCCGUAGUCCAUCGAUAUGAAGCGGAGAGGGCGGCGGGCCGCAUGAAGGCAGUGCUUUCCAGGCGGCGACACAGGCUUCUGCUGCAGAGGGUGUUGGACGCCCCAGACUGCAUCACGACUUCGGCGGCCAUGGUUCAGCUGUGCGCUGCAAUCGGCUCCGGUGUGCUUCCCAGGGCGACGCCACGUUGGUGGAUGAGGCGGAGAACUGGCGAGACUUGGGACGAUUUGCGGGUGUGCGAUGACGCGACGGAUGAAUACUUCCGGGAAAAGCUCCGCAUGUCGAGGAGAGUGUUCAUGGAGGUCACCGAAGCCUGUGCGCCUCAUUUGCAACGACAGGUCACGUUUUACAGGGAACCGCUUCAGCCGGAUCAGAUCGUCGCGUACGCGCUGUAUAGGUGGGCAACAGGAGAGUCGUACGACAACAACACAUCAUCGUUCGGCAUUGGUAGAGCAUCCGGAGACAAGGGCUUUCCCAACUGCCAUGGCGCAGUUGACUGCACACACAUCUACGUGGACAAACCGGCGAAUGCUCCGAGCGAGAACUACUUCGACCGCAAGCACCGUUUCUCCGUCAUUGCGCAGGUGGUAGUGGACCUGGAUCUGCGUGUGCUUGACGUCUUCGUUGGCUACCCGAGCAGCUGCCACGACAUUCGGGUGAUCCAGCUGUCAAGUCUGUCGAAGCGCGCGGAAGACGGAACGCUUUUUCGUGGGCCGCCUGUAACGCUGCCGGGAGGGGUGAGGACGAACGGAUACAUCUUGGGCGACAACGGGUAUCCUCCUUCAGAAUGGAUAGUGGUGYCGUACGGAGGAAUCAAUCAGCACCCGGACGAGGAAAGGUUCGACAACAAACAGAAGGUCGCUAGAGGUGCUGUGGAGAGGGCGUUCGGGAGGUUGAAGGGGAUGUGGAGGCUCUUUCUGCGGUCGCACAAGACGAACUUGGACACUCUACCGCAGCAGUUCACGGCCCUCUGCAUUCUCCACAACAUCCUGCUCGAUGCUGGAAUCGAGUUCGACGAGAACUUGUUGUGUGAGGUCGACGAGAACAGGGUGAGGCGGCGAGUGGACCUGGGGAUUCAUCGUCCACUGCAGCCAGUGACGAUGCUGACAUCGACGGACGUCGCACACGCGCUCUGCAAUGCCCUAGCACAGCGAGUGAAACACAUCUGAUCGUGCGUAUCGCGCCACUCUGCCUCGCAUACACAAACAAAAGCCGUGUGCGUCC